GUACGGGGACGGAAGUUGUUUAAUUUGACAGGUGUAGCACGUUAGCAAGCUAGCCACCGGCUGCUAUGGCAAACAAAAUAUCUACAGAAAAUGUCGUUCAGGCGUGAGGUGUACAGUCAUACGUUGAUUUACUGCUCCCUUUUGUUUCACCGACGGCAUUGACAUUUAUUUUCAACAGCAGGAGUGAGCAAUGGCCGUCGAACAAUUUGUGUCAAAAACAUUGGAGCUUCUGCAGGAAGAAAGAGACGCUGAAAUAGAAGAAACCAGGGUAUGGCAGGAGAACAUCUCUCUUAAAGAUCUUCAAAACAAAGGCGUGUGCCUGCUAAAACUUCAGAUUGGAAGUCAGUCUACUGGCCUGUAUGGUCGCACAGUUGUUGUACUAGAGCCGAGAAAGCAUCUUGGCUUCUCAUCUCUUCCUAGCAACAACUUUGGAUCUGGUGAUAUAGUUGGCCUGUAUGACGCCGGUGGAUGCAGUGCUACAUCUCAGAUCAGUACAGGGAUUGUGACGCGGGUCAGCCAGGUGUCUAUUAGUGUGGCCUUUGAUGACGCAAAGGAUGGGGUUAGUUUUGAUACAGAUGCUCUGUACAGCCUUUUAAAGUUGGCAAAUGAUGUGACUUACAAACGAAUGAAACGUGCUUUAAAUGUUUUGAAUGGAUACAAAAAUGGACCAGCUGCAAAUCUAAUCGAUGUUCUCUUUGGAGAAGCCAAACCUUCAUCCUAUUCCCAGCCAAAGGUAGAAUUCUUUAACUCCUGCCUUGAUGAUUCUCAGAGAGAAGCAGUGACAUUUGCGCUGUCUCAGAGAGAGCUCGCAGUAAUUCACGGACCUCCAGGAACUGGCAAAACCACCACAGUGGUGGAGAUCAUUCUACAGGCUAUCAAACACGGCCAAAAGGUCCUGUGCUGUGCCCCUUCCAAUGUGGCGGUGGAUAAUUUAGUCGAGAGAUUAGCCCGGUGCAAGGCCAAAGUUCUGAGGUUGGGUCACCCUGCCAGACUGCUGGAGUCUAUACAAAAACAUUCACUGGAUGCUAUUCUUGCCAAGAGUGACAACGCAAACAUCAUCGCUGACAUCCGCCAAGACAUAGACAAAGCUUUUAUGGGAAUGAAGAAGAACUCUGAGAAAGGAGGGUGGGGGAACUACCGGAGGGAAAUAGGAGAGCUUAGAAAAGAGCUGAAAACCAGGGAAACAACAGCCAUCGCUCAGAUUCUUAAAAGCGCUGAUGUCGUCUUAUCAACUAACACAGGUGCAUGUAAAGACGGGCCUCUGAAGUUCCUGCCCGAUGAGCAUUUUGAUUGGGUGGUGAUUGACGAGUGCGCCCAGUCGCUGGAGAGCAGCUGCUGGAUCAGCCUGCUCCAAGCACGCAAGUGCGUUCUGUCUGGAGACUACAAGCAGUUACCACCCACCAUCAAAUCGCACUCGGCUGCUCGCAAAGGCCUAUCUGCUAGUCUUAUGGAAAGACUCAUCCAGAUGUAUGGCGACUCAGUGGUGCGCAUGCUGACAGUCCAGUACCGCAUGAACAGUGCCAUCAUGGAUUGGGCCUCCAGAGAGAUGUACCAAGGCAGACUGACGGCCCACAGCUCUGUAGAGAAACAUUUGUUAAAAGAUCUACCUGGUGUCACCUGUGUCGAAGAGACCAGCACCCCUCUUCUUCUCAUCGACACCUCUGGCUGCGGUCUGACGGAAAUGGAGGUGGCUGAUGAGCAGUCCAAAGGCAACCAAGGGGAGGUGGACAUUGUAGAUCUGCACAUCAAGGCCUUGACUGAAGCUGGUGUUAGUGCUAAAGACAUAGCUGUUAUAGCUCCCUACAAUUUGCAAGUUGACCUUCUGCGCCAGAAGCUUUCUGCAAGACAUCCAGAGCUGGAAAUCAAAUCAGUGGAUGGAUUUCAAGGCAGGGAGAAAGAAGCUGUGGUGUUAUCGUUAGUGCGGUCCAAUAGAAAAGGUGAAGUUGGAUUUCUGUCUGAAGACCGAAGGAUAAAUGUGGCUGUUACACGUGCGAGACGUCACGUGGCUAUCGUGUGCGACACACAGACAGUUCAGAACCACGCUUUCCUAAAGACGCUGGUCCGUCAUAUGACUGAGUGUGGGGAGGUCAGGACAGCAUUCGAGUACAUACAAGACAUCGUACCACAGAACUAUGUCCGUGACUACAAAGACACAUCGACUGCACAGAAAAUCGAGGGGAGGAAAGCCGAACCAGUCAAGAAGAAAUCAAGUGGAAGCAGUCACAUGGAAAACAUUAACAAACAUGCUAAGCCCAUAAAGUUGUCUGUAUCAGAGCUUGCUGAUGAAGAACAGAAGAAGAACAGACAAAGUGAGAUCAGAGAGAUGGUGAAUGACUUUCUAAAGGACCUCAAUCAGACUGAACUCAAUUUCCCGCCAUCAUUUAACUCCCAUGACCGUCUGCUGGUGCACCAGAUUGCCGAAGAGGUCGGCCUCGCGCACGAAAGUAAAGGCGAGGGCAAAGACCGGUGCAUUGCCAUCUCAAAGCAUGUGACACCGAGACUGCCUCAAUUAACCUCAGCAGGAAAGCUCGAAGAAAAAGAGGGAGCGCCCCCUUACCAAGAGAAAGACAUUCCUCAAAACCCACCUAAAGAAUCUUCAAGUCUAUUGGAUCUGAAAAGUUUGCAUUUGGAACGAAUGAAGAGGGAAGAGCAGAAAAGGGAAGUACACGCCCAACAAAAAAAGCAACAUAACAUCUCUGUAUCUUCAAAAACCACCAUUCCAGCUAAAGGAAAGAAGCGAAUGAAGGCAGGUGCCUGCGAGAUUGCGGCGGCCGCUACUCCGGAUGACGACUUUGACGCCCUCAUCAACGCCGUGGUGAAGGCGGACAGCGUGUGCAGUUUCGUCAAGUGCAACACCUCGGUGCUAAUGCUCGGACAACUUUGUCUCUUCUGCAACAGACAUUAUUGUCUCAGUCACCACAUACCAGAGGUUCACGGCUGUGGGGAUAAAGCAAAGUCUCACGCUCGCAUGAGAAUAAGCAAAGAAGGAGUCCUGUAUGCUGGCAGUGGUACAAAAGACAAAACCAUGGACGCCAAUAAGAAAUCUCAUCUGCAUCGUAGACUCGACUCCAAACUCAAAGAUAUGGCAUCACAGAGGAAAGUAAAAAACAAAGAAAAGGAUGGUUAAAAUCAUUGAAAUAAACUAGUGUG